GCAAAUUAAUACGUUUUAAUUUAUUGUUUCAGAGAGGCUGAUUCCUAUUUGUGUAGAGAUAUUAAAUUACGUAAAAGGUAUCGAUAAAAGGCUGAAAACUUUAGAAAGAGGAAUUAAUGCCGAAGAACCUAAUAUAAAUAUAUUUGAUGAUAUACUUCCAAUCAACUCCAUAGAGAAUCUUAAAAAACUUGAGGAAAAAAUAGGAAAUACUGAAACAAAAGCAAAAUUUAUGGAAUUUGUGAAAAAUAUCGGAGGAAAAGGCGCCAAAAAUGUGGUGCAACGGUGUAUGAGCCGUUUAUUUACAAAUCAAUUUGGCAUAUCUUGUUCUUGGUGUGGUCGUAAGAAUAAUCAUCGCAUGUGCGAUUUGAAAUGCAUCCACAUCGUAAAAGGUGUGUUCAGAGCCAAAGGUAUAGACGAAAGCGACUUCGAAACCAUUGCAAGUGAAUGGUUUCGCCUCAGUAAACUACGACACUUACGCGAAAAUAAAAAAGUAUUGCCUGAAAAUGAAGAUGCAAACGGAGACGAAACGGAGACACUACCUGUUAUGUAACUUUUGUUGAUACUUCUAUUGCACAUGUACUAUUGCUUUCAAACUAUUGAAUAGUGUCUAUAUUUUAUAUAAUAAAAUUAUAUAAUAUA